AUGACUGACAACCUGACUAUUAAAAUCGUAAGCGGCACGUCUGAGAGUCUACAAGUUUGUGUAGAUGUAGCGUCUACCACUGUAUUGUCCCUCAAGGAAUUAAUUGAGGAAAAGGAUGCACAACGAUUUCCAGUCUCAGCACAACGUUUGAUCUUUCAGGGUCAAAUCCUACAGGACGUCAAGUUGUUAUCGGAAUAUCACGUGACUCGAGAUUGUGCGCUCCAUUUGACCGUAAUGCCCACUGUUCCUACAUCAACUGUGGCCGCAAUAUCUCCAUCCAGUCAAUUACGUACGUUUUUGCAGCAAAUGAAGGACCACGAGCCUCUGGGAGAGUUUACAACAGCCGUGCAGACAUUGCAAAAGAUUUGCCGUAAUAUUGUAGAUCACCCGAGAGACGACAAGUACCGGAAGCUUCGAUUGGAUAAUGCAGUACUAAGAAUGAAGCUUUUUGAUCGAAGGAAUGGACAAGAAAGUGUCAAGUUGUUGGGAUUCCAAGAUGGAGUACAGACGGGUCAUUUGAUACUUGAGCCAACACCAGAAAAGUGGGAAAACUUGGUCGCGUGUAAAGCGGUGGUGGAUUCUGUUGCGACAAAUCUAGGAGGUGCAACACCGAUGGCUGCUCAGCCUUUUGGUGCGAUUCCAUCAAUGAGUGCAAGGGGAGACUUUGUCUCGCAGGCGCAAGCUUUGCUGCAGAAUCCGGCAAUCCUCCAGUCCAUAGCUAGCAACCCGAUGGUGCAGCAGAUGAGUCAGCAAAACCCUAUCCUGGCUCAGGCGCUUCAGAAUCCGGCAUUUUUGGCGCAAUCCAUGCAAACUUUGCAGCAGAAUCCGGCGAUGAUGCAGCAGAUGAAUCAAAUGAUGAGCAGUCCAAAUGCAAUGGCGCAGAUGCAGCAAAUGCUGACAAGUGGUGGCAUGGGCGGUCUUGGUGGCUAUGGAGACUCUCCAUUUGGUGGCGCAGGACCUUCAUCGGCUGCCACUAACCCGUUUGCUGCUGGUUCUGCCACUUUGAAUCCAUUUGCGACGACGCCUUUGGCCCCAGCUUUGACUCCAUCUUCUGCUUCAAUUACCUCGAGUCCUGUUGCAUCGUCUUCUACUGCUGAUACUGCUGCUGCUGAUACUGCUGAAAUUCAUGCUGCACCUUCGAGCGACAACACGGAAGAAACCUUCAAAGAAGAUGAGAUUGCCAACGCUAUUGCGCGUUCAUUGCAAGAUCAGUAG